AUGGCGUCCGCGGGGUCAAACACUAUUAAAGUGGUCGCCAGAUUCCGGCCCCAGAACAAGGUUGAGUUGGCUUCUGGUGGUAAACCAGUCGUUGAAUUUGAAAGCGAUGAAUCAUGUAUCAUCACUUCCAACGAGGGCUCGGGAUCCUUUACCUUCGACCGUGUCUUCCCUAUGAACACCCUCCAGGACGACAUUUUUAACUUCUCGAUUCGUCCUACCGUCGAUGAUAUUCUAAAUGGCUACAAUGGAACUGUUUUUGCGUACGGUCAGACCGGCGCGGGAAAGUCGUAUACUAUGAUGGGCUCGGAUAUCGACGACGACGUGGGUAAAGGUGUAAUUCCACGAAUCGUCGAGCAAAUAUUUGCUAGUAUCUUGACGAGUCCGAGCAACAUCGAGUACACCGUGCGCGUCAGCUAUAUGGAAAUCUACAUGGAGCGAAUCCGUGACUUGCUCGUUCCACAGAACGACAACCUGCCAGUACACGAGGAAAAGUCUCGCGGAGUAUAUGUCAAGGGAUUGUUGGAGGUUUACGUAUCGAGCGUGCAGGAAGUCUACGAAGUUAUGCGCCGAGGUGGAGCUGCACGAGCCGUCGCCGCGACCAAUAUGAACCAGGAGUCCUCCCGUUCGCACUCUAUCUUUGUCAUCACUGUCAGCCAGAAGAAUGUCGAGACUGGCUCGGCCAAGAGUGGCCAGCUCUUCCUGGUUGAUUUGGCCGGCAGCGAGAAAGUUGGCAAAACUGGAGCAAGUGGUCAAACCCUGGAGGAGGCCAAGAAGAUCAACAAGAGUCUGAGUGCUCUCGGCAUGGUUAUCAACGCGCUGACAGAUGGAAAGUCGAGUCAUAUCCCAUAUCGUGACUCCAAGCUUACUCGAAUCUUGCAAGAAUCCCUGGGUGGUAACUCGCGGACGACCCUGAUCAUCAAUUGCUCGCCUAGCAGCUACAACGACGCUGAAACUAUUUCCACUUUGCGCUUUGGUGUCCGUGCCAAGGCAAUCAAGAAUAAGGCCAAGGUGAAUGCUGAAUUAAGCCCGGCGGAGCUGAAACAGCUUCUGCGCAAGGCCCAGACACAGGUCACCAGCUUCGAGAGUUACAUCUCAGCACUGGAGACUGAGGUGAACACUUGGCGUAGUGGCGACAAUGUGCCUAAGGAUCAGUGGACUCCUGCCCGCGGCAUAGAUCUCGUCAGCGCUGCAAAGGCGGAAGCUCGUACCCCUCGCCCCGGUACCCCAUCACGCCUUCAGGAAACCGCUCGUUCGGAGACUCCGCGACCUGAUUCUCGGGUCGGUGACCGCUCAAGCACACCCAGCCUGGUGCUGGAGAAGGAUGAGCGGGAGGAAUUCCUACGCCGAGAGAAUGAACUGCAAGACCAGCUUGCUGAGAAGGAGACGCAUAUUGCCAAUGUGGAACGAAGCCUUCGCGAUGCUCGGGAAGAACUUAAGUCGAUGAAGGAGAACGCUGGCCGGUCAGGCAAGGACAACGAUCGCCUGAACACUGAAGUUAAUGAGCUCCGGAUGCAGUUGGAGAAGGUGUCCUACGAGAGUAAAGAGGCCGCAAUCACGAUGGAUGGUCUUCGGGAAGCCAAUUCCGAACUGACGAGCGAGUUGGAUGAGGUCAAGCAGCAACUUCUCGAUGUUCGCAUGAAGGCCAAAGAGACCACUGCUGCCCUUGACGAGAAGGAAAAGAAAAAAGCCGAGAAGAUGGCUAAGAUGAUGGCUGGAUUUGACCUCGGCGACGAUGUGUUUUCAAACAACGAGCGCAAACUGCAGGGGUUGAUCUCACGCGUGGAUGCACUGCAUGAGGUCAGCGCCGCGGGCGAAACUAUUGCGCCUGAUGAUGUGCUUGAGCUUCGUGCUAGCCUACUCGAAACACAAGGAUUUAUUCGUCAGGCCGAGCUGACAAUGAACGAUCGUGGCGAGCUUGGUGAGCUGCAGGACAGCCGCCGUGUAGAGCUGGAGAGAAAACUAGAGGAAGUUCAACAGGAGUACGAGGAUCUCUUGACUCGCAACCUGAGUGAGAGCGACGUGGACGAGAUUCGUGAGCGGUUAGAAAAGGCUUUUAUCAGCCGGAAGGAUAUUGAGACAACGGCCGUCGAUGAGCUCCGCGCCCAGAUCACCCGCAAGGAUGAGGAAAUGACAAAGCUGCGCCAGUCCCUUUCCGAUACCGAGUCUCGAACCUCUACGAACGGUGCUGCCAGCAAGACUCUACAGCAACAGAUCGCCGAGUUUGAUGCCAUGAAGAAGUCGUUGAUGCGUGAUCUUCAAAACCGCUGCGAGCGCGUUGUUGAGCUUGAAAUUUCUCUAGACGAUGCGCGUGAGCAGUACAACAAUGUGCUUCGAUCCUCCAACAACCGCGCCCAGCAGAAGAAAAUGGCGUUCCUUGAGCGCAACCUGGAGCAGCUGACUCAUGUACAGCGGCAGCUUGUGGAACAGAACAGUAGUUUGAAGAAGGAAGUGGCCAUUGCGGAGCGCAAACUGAUUGCCCGCAAUGAGCGAAUCGCCAGUCUGGAGAGCCUGCUGCAAGAGAGCCAGGAGAAGUUGACUCAGGCCAACCAUCGGUUUGAGGCCCAACUCACGGCUGUGAAAGAGCGUCUCGAGGCCGCCAAACAGGGUUCCACCCGCGGUUUGCCCACCAUGGAUGCCAAUGGGAGUUUCAGCUUCGGUGGCUCCCGCAUUGCGAAGCCGCUGCGAGGCGGCGGCGGCUCGGACGGGCCACCGGCGAAUGCGGCCAUCACGGGCGUGCAAUCGCAGGAGGCAUCGGGCAAGCGCACGAGCUGGUUCUUCGACCGGAAAUAA